AUGCUUAAGUUAGCUAAGAAUAGUAACUUUGGUGGAGUGACAAUAAAAGGCAAGAAAGUAGUUACCCUUUUUACUAGGGUACUGUUCCCUAUUUAUAGGGAAGUGAAAGUGGGAGGUUUGUGUGGAAUUUCGAUUUGGGACCUUGUGCAAGUCGCUGUGAUGGUGACACGUGUCAUGGAGAUUAGGUUUAGCAGUUUGAGAGAGUCGGCAGUUGGGAGUUUCGGCAGGUGUCUGGCACCUUGGAAGAGUGUCUUCCUUCGGCAAGGGAGAAGGCGUGGCUGCCUUGGUGCUAGUUGUUUUGAGGCUGGAUAUGCUCGGUUGAUUACGGUGUAA